CUCCGUCUGUGUGUCUGUCUCUGUCUGAAUGACGUGAUCGUGGUUACAAAUUUUAUUCUAAAAAGACUUUUUUAUUAUUAGAUGGUGUUUAAUUAUUGAAACGUGCGAGUUCUUAUAAGUUUUAAAGCGUUUUCCACAAAUAAUGUCUGGCGGUCACAAACAUCGGUAUAAGAAUGUGGGGCUGAGUGCAGAUGAGCUACGGCGUCGUCGAGAAGAGGAAGGAGUGCAGCUCCGUAAACAAAAACGUGAACAACAACUUUUCAAACGUAGAAAUGUAAACCUUCCUGCAGCCAACGCUCCUGAUAUCGCUUUACAGGAUGAUAUCAAUAUAUCUACAACUGAUGACAUCACUCCAGCAAUGGUAGCUGCUCUCUAUGGGGACAAUCCACAAGAGCAAGUUAUGGUCACACAGAAAUUUAGAAAACUUCUGAGUCGAGAGCCCAAUCCUCCUAUAGAUGAAGUUAUACGAACUGGAAUUGUACCAAAAUUUGUGGAAUUUCUCACUAAUAGCUCUAAUCCAACACUGCAGUUUGAAGCAGCAUGGGCGCUGACGAACAUUGCAUCUGGGUCUUCAGAGCAGACUCAAAUUGUGGUGGAGUGUGGAGCAGUGCAGGUGUUGGUAGGGCUCGUAGCAAGCGGAGCCAGUGACGAUGUCCGUGAGCAAGCCGUGUGGGCGCUGGGCAACGUUGCGGGGGACUCCCCUCGCUGUCGGGACACUGUCCUGGCUGCAGGAGUGCUACCACCUCUAAUAGAGAUCCUGAACAAAUAUACAAGACUCUCUAUGACUAGAAAUGCAGUGUGGACUUUGUCAAAUUUGUGUAGGGGAAAAAAUCCACCCACAAACUUUGAAGCUGUUGCACCAGGUAUCCCAGUAUUAGCGCGGCUUUUACAUCACACGGAUGCAGAUGUGCUCAGCGACGCUUGCUGGGCGCUUUCUUACCUAUCCGAUGGGCCGAAUGAGAAAAUUCAGGCGGUGAUAGACGCCGGCGUAUGUCGAAGGCUCGUCGAACUACUUAUGCAUAACAAGUCGACUGUAGUAUCGGCGGCGUUAAGAGCCGUCGGCAACAUUGUGACAGGCAAUGACGCGCAGACGCAAGCGGUGCUGAACUGCAACCCUCUGCCGAAUCUGCACGCGCUACUGCGCUCCAACACCGAGGCGCUUCGCAAGGAGGCUUGCUGGACCCUCUCCAACAUCACCGCCGGCAACGCUGUGCAGAUACAGGCGGUAAUAGAUGCGAACAUAUUCCCAACUUUAAUUGAAAUUUUAAGACAAGCCGAAUUUAAAACGAGAAAAGAAGCAGCGUGGGCGAUUACUAACGCUACCAGUGGAGGAACUCACGUCCAAAUUAGGUAUCUAGUUGAACAAGGUUGUAUUCCACCUCUAUGUGACUUAUUAACUUUAACUGACGUCAAAACUAUUCAAGUUGCCCUUAACGGGUUAGACAAUAUUCUAAAAGCAGGCCAACAGUCGGACCAGCGGGACAAUCCAUAUGCGGCGGCCAUCGAAGAAUGCUUUGGUCUGGACAAAAUUGAGUUCUUACAAUCGCACCAGAAUCUCGACAUAUACCAGAAGUCGUUCGAGAUCAUCGAGAACUUCUUCGGGUCGGAGGAGGAGGACGCGCGGCUCGCGCCCGCCGUGUCGUCGUCCACCGACCAGUACCACUUCGGCGCCGACCAGGCCGUGCCCAUGGGCGGCUACCAGUUCUAGCCGCGCCCCCACGCUUAUACGCUCGCUCAUUGUGCAAUGUCAAUAACUCGCCGAUGUACCCGACAACAUUACACUACCAGUUCCCUGAACAAAAUAUUUACACUAGAGUAUACAGAGGAAACUCUAUUUAUCAGACUAUUUACUCUAUAGACCUUAUCCCAGUCGCGUAAUAUACAGCUGAAUGACGAUUAAGGACAUAGGACGUUAUAAAACAUUAGAUAAUUUUUUGACCUUGUUAUUUUUACAGUAAAAUCAAAUUAUACCAAAGUGUUGAUAAAAUUACCGUUUAUCCGAAUCUUGAUAGGUAGGUAUUGUGUAAAUGUGUUUUAAACACCUAAUGAUGGUAUCAAAGGUCUUUUCCAUAAAAUUGCACAUAGUGCAAAAUACUUAA